CAUUCAUAUUUUCUGGAAUUGUUGUUAAAUUCCAGAAAUAAAUUAAUUCUGUUUUUUUUUUUUUAAAUUUAUUGUUUAUUUUUGUUUCUGUAUUUUUAAUAGCGGCGACGGCGGGAGAUUCGAUCCCGGGAACUCAGAGUCAAUAAUUAGUUGGAUACAGAGGGAAAAAAAGAAAGAAAAAAAAGAGGUAAUAUUCAUUGAUUCAUACUCACUGGAGAGCCCAAAUCUGAAGUCUGAACCUUCAUCGUCUUUCUCUUCUUGGACUGCAACCUGAAAAUCCACUUCGAUUCACUUCUCUUUGUGCUUCUUCCACUUUUAUUUUCGAUUGGAGUUCGUUUUUGAGCUUCUCUCGCCUAACCCUAGGUAACUCUGACAUUGUCGGAAAGUCAAUUUCUGUGAAAUUUUUUCAUUGGUCUUGGAAGCUCUGUUGGUUGUUUGCUGGUAGAUGGUCUUAGAACUUAAUUUGCUGAAGGCUAAAGAGAUGGCAUGCUUAUUGACAUCAACUUUUUGGGGUUCAUCAGAUGAACUCAUUUUCCAUUUUUCUUGAUGCUGUUACAAGUUAUUCACAGUGUCUUGCUGAUCUGAGAAAAAUGCCGUCAAAAUGGGAAAUUCCUUACAUUGAUUUGAAGAUUAUGUCUUCAGAAUAUAUUUUAUUUAGUUUUACGUCAGUUGGGACAUCUUUGGGCAAAAAGGGAUCACUGCUGUAAUGUAAAAGCAAAAUUAUGGAGAAUCCUUCAGAAAAAAAAUAUCCAGUGAAUGCCAAGGAUUAUGACUUACGUGAAGAAGUUGGUGAAGGUGUCAGUGCCACUGUAUACAAGGCACUGUGCAUUCCGCUAAAUGAGAUUGUCGCUAUAAAGGUUCUUGAUUUGGAGAAGUGCAACAAUGACCUUGAUGGUAUUCGGCGUGAGGUUCAAACAAUGACUUUGAUUGAUCAUCCAAAUUUGUUAAGAGCACAUUGUUCCUUCACUGCUGGUCACUACCUCUGGGUUGUGAUGCCAUACAUGUCUGGGGGAUCUUGCCUUCAUAUUAUGAAAUCUGCUUAUCCGGAAGGUUUUGAAGAGACUGUUAUAGCUACCUUACUGCGGGAGGUUCUGAAAGCUCUUGUUUAUCUUCAUGCUCAUGGCCACAUCCAUAGAGAUGUGAAGGCUGGGAAUAUUUUGAUUGAUUCUAAUGGUACAGUGAAAUUAGCUGAUUUUGGAGUCUCGGCGGGCAUGUUUGAUACUGGAGAUAGGCAACGCUCAAGAAACACGUUUGUCGGAACUCCUUGCUGGAUGGCACCUGAAGUUAUGCAGCAAUUACAUGGAUAUGACUUCAAGGCAGACAUUUGGUCAUUUGGAAUAACAGCUCUUGAACUGGCUCAUGGGCAUGCUCCAUUUUCCAAAUACCCACCAAUGAAAGUUUUGCUUAUGACACUACAAAAUGCUCCUCCUGGUCUUGACUAUGAAAGAGAUAAGAGAUUUUCCAAGUCGUUCAAAGAAAUGGUCGCCACAUGCCUAGUGAAGGAUCCAAAGAAACGGCCAAGUUCAGAGAAGCUCCUAAAGCAUCCUUUUUUUAAACAUGCCCGUUCAGUUGAUUAUCUUACUCGAACAAUCCUGGAUGGCCUUGCUCCGUUAGGGGAACGUUUUAAAAAGCUAAAGGCAAAAGAGGCUGAUCUUCUGGUACAGAAUAAGGCUCUGUAUGGGGACAAGGAGCAUUUGUCACAGCAAGAGUAUAUUCGAGGAAUUAGUGCCUGGAACUUCAACCUUGAGGAUUUGAAGAAUCAGGCUGCCCUUAUUCAAGAUGACGAUAUGUCAAACAUAGAAGACCUAGAUGUACAUACAACAAAGCAAAGAAACCAGAAUAAUGAUUUUAGUUUUCCAGUAGAGGGUUCAUCUCUUGAAAGGCUGAAUCACCCAACUGCUGCAGCUAGUCAGGAGGAUGGUUUCAGUGAUCUUCAUGAUUUGGAGAGUUCCCUUGCUUCUUUUCCUGUAAAACCUCUUGAAGCACUCAAAGAUUGUUUUGACAUCUAUGAAGAUAUAAGCACAGACAGUGUAUGGCCAGUGGAUAAAGAAAAUGGAAGAACCGAGGGUGAGAGUUCAGGGCAAAGUGGUUCCUUACCUCGUCAUUACAUGUCAGAGAAUAAGAGGUCUUUCAGCGGCUCACUAAUUUCUGACAAUGCUGUCUCUCCUAAAAAGAUUAUUGUAGAUGGUGAUAGGGACUAUUUGCAGUCAAAACUUCCAUCUGAGCGUAAUUACAGUGGUCCAUUAUUAUAUCGCCAGAAAAGAGAUACAAAUAACGUUUCAUCUGUUGAGGAUACAUCAGAUGGAACAGUUGUCCAACGCAAGGGGCGGUUUAAAGUGACUUCAGCAGAACUUAGUCCGAAGGGUCCUAUGACGGGAUCAUUUAGUCCAGUCUGUGGAGGGACGGUAAGUCCAACAUCCAUGAACCUCACACCUGCUCUACUCCUUCCAUCGAUGCAAUGCAUUUUGCAGCAGAACAUCCUUCAACGGGAAGAAAUUGUUAAAUUGAUCAAGUAUUUGGAACAAACAACUGGCAAGAAUCCAGAUGUAUCAGAGACGGUCACCAGUGACCUUCUGCAGACACCACCGGCUACCUUGAGGGAAAGAGAGUUACAAUCUCAGGUCGUUCAUCUGCAGCAGAGACUUGAUCGUCUUGUUGAAGAAUUAGAGGAGCAGAAGUUGAAAAAUGCCGAGUUCGAAAGACACAUGAUUUCUAUGCAAAAUAAAGAGAAAACAUAAAAGAAAGCACAUGAAGCACAAUGGGUAGACGUCCAGAUGCCUUCCUUCCUUGAUUAUUCUUGUAGCUAUUAAUGUGUGGCUGUCUCUGUCUGCAAGAAAUUUCAGUGGAUGAUAUGAGCCAAUCGUUAUUGUAUUUGUAGUGUACUAUAAGUGAUGCCAAAAGGCAGACACCGAAAAUUUUGUGUUCUUUAAUGUAUUUCCUAUGUAUCUUGUAAUGCUGAUCGUGUAAUAUAUUGCAGUUUCUGUUUUUUUCUUGCUUUCUCACACUCCUCAUAACGAGAACAGAAUAAUGAAUGAUAUUCCAAACGAAUAGCAUUAAAAUUUGCCAUUU